AUGUUAAGAAUUCUCUCUUCUCGUCCAUUGCUUCUCAAUUCAUUGAUCAAAAAUACACGUCAAUUAGCUGUAUCAUAUCGUCCACUAUCCGCCGAAACAUUACCGAUUCCACAUGAUAUUGACGAAGACCAUCAUCAUCAUCAUCGAUAUCUUAUAGCUGCUCCACACUAUGAACUACUCGAAGUACUAGAUCAUCGUUCAUUGCAACUACGAUCGUCUCGUCAACCUCGAUCACCUUCUUCAUCGGUCGAUCAAUCUACGCGGUUGAGGUCGAAUGUGUACCGUAAAAAACAAAAUAAUGCAAAUACUCAAUCCAACGUACCAAAUGAUGAACAGCCAAUUGAGCUGGCACGACCGAAGCCGAGUAAAUACAAAGAGAAAAAGAAGAAAAAAACAGCUGAAUCUCAAUCACUUCCAACUCCACCGGAUCGCGUGGUAGACAUUAGUGAAAAACUACAUCUUGUCUCUUCUCCUAUUGAUAAUCCAAUACUGUCUACGAGUUUACCCGAUGAGGCCGCAGCUGCCGAAGAAGAGCUCGAAGAUUCUCAAUUCAAUGAAACAUUACUUCCACCAUCUGUUGAAGAAUUGACAUUCAAUGACGAUGAUAAAACAUUGAAUGACCUGUUGACUAGUCUCCAUUCAACUAAAGUCCGUCGAAUGCAUAAAUAUACCGAUCAACAAUUAACCUUCAUGCAUAAACAUAACGAAUUUAAUCGAAUGUUACAAUCGUAUGUCGAUGUUUCAAUACACAAUGGCAAAUUGAAUAAAGUUCGCCGAUUCCUCGAGGAAUUAUUAGUUGACCAAGAACGAAGACAGUCAAUGAAGCGGCUAUCAUGGCGUUAUGUCUCGAAUAUUCAUGUCUAUAACACAUUUUUUCUUGCGUAUGCUGAGAAGGGUAAUCUUCCUGCAUUACAAAGUUUAUUCGAGAAAAUGCGUAAAUAUCAAGUCAAACCAACUCUAGAAUCGUAUGCAGCUGUUUUAAGUUGUCUUGGAGGCAUGGAUUUGUUUGACUCGAGCAUUGCUCGACGAACCAUAUUAGACUUGGAAAGACAAGGCUUUCGCGUUGUUGACAUAUUCAGUCUGGACUGUCUCAAUCAUGAACAUAUGCAAAAGAUUUUGAAAGUGUUGAAGACAUUGCGACCCGAUUUCGAUAUUCCAGUACGGUCAUCAGGUAUUAAUAGUAAAUUGUUGAAUGAUAUCUAUCUGCAACAACCACCGCCAGCCGAUAAAGAAUCAGCGGCAUCGGUGGAUCCUUGGUGGAAAGAUAUCGAUUUCACCAAGAAAUUAGACGAUCAGAUAAAUAUGGAAAUCAAUCAAAAAGCCAAAAUUCAAUCGGUUAAUAUAGAAAAACCUGUCGAUGAAAAACUGUCGACACGACGUAACGAAUUCUUAGCCAAUAUUGAACACCAACUAACGGUUGGCUUUCUCACCGAACUGGAAAUAUUAAAACGAAGUGUACAGAAGGACUUUGAACUGAACAUAAUUCCAUUUCUCGAAAUCUAUGAGACACGAGAAUAUAUCGAUCUAAUGUUAAAAGAAUUGAAUCGACAUUUUUAUUCAUCAGAUUUCUAUUCGUUACCAUAUAACAGUCUUUGUAUUGCGCUUGGAAAACGUUUGUAUUUGAAGUAUUUGUGUACAGUUCGACAGAAGAAUGGCUUCAUCGAUAAAUUACGUUCGAGUUAUGAGGAAUAUAUGAAAUAUGUUGUAACCGACGAACGAUUUCGUGUGCAUGAAAGAAAAAAAUGGAACGAAAUUGUCAAAGAAAAUUUCGCUUAUAUGGAUCGUACGGAUCGACCAUGGGUAUACAUACAAAUAUUACAAAUAGGUGAAUUUCUCUACAAUGUGAUGCUGAAACAUAUGAAGAUUAAUGUACCAUUGCUUACUACGCAACGUCAGACAGGAAAUAAAAAAAAUGCGAAUGCAGUUCUGCAUGUUGUCUAUCGCACUCCGGGAAAUUUCAAUGAAAAACAAAUCAAGGUUCAUCCAUCGGUUAUCAACUUCUUUUCGAAUAUUCCUCAAACAGAACUGGAAUUCGAUUGUACUGAAUUGCCAUGUUUCGUUCCUCCAUUACCUUGGUUGUCUUGUACAACAGGUGGCUACUUAUUAAAUCAAACAGAUUUUGUUCGGUUACCUACAUCAGCUGAUGAACAAGAAGCUCGUCUCCGAUCUUUGCCUAUUGAGAAAAUCGGUGGUUUACUUGAUUCGAUCAACGUUCUCAAUAGUUGUCCGUGGAAGAUCAACACAAAUGUACUGGAUCUAUUGAUUGAUGUCUUCCAACGUGGUGGUAGCCGGCAGUUAUCUGUUCCUGUUUCUGUCGACAAUGCUCAACUUCCCAAGUCACUUCCAUUAGAGAAAGGCUUGUCAAUUGGCGAACGUAAACGACGUGAAGCGAUUUUAAGUCAGAACAAAAAACUCAAGUCAGAAAUCUUCUCUUUGUGGUGCUACGAACUUUAUCGUUUAUCAAUUGCUAAUCAUUUUCGCAAUGAUGUCUUUUGGUUUCCACACAAUCUCGACUUUCGCGGUCGAGUUUAUCCUGUACCACCCCAUUUCAACCACUUGGGCAGUGACGUGGCACGUAGUAUUAUUCUUUUUGCCGAAGGCAAACCGUUAGGUCCCGAAGGCCUUCGUCGAUUGAAAAUUCAUGUAAUCAACUUAACUGAUCUGAAGAAAAAAGCAUCGAUUGACGAACGUGCUCGAUACGCUGAUGAGAUCAUAGAUGAUAUUCUUGAUUCCGCAGAUCGACCAUUAACUGGCCGUCAAUGGUGGGCAAAAUCGGAAGAACCGUGGCAAACACUCGCCUGUUGUAUAGAAAUAGCGCGUGCAAUUCGGUCGCCAGAUCACACGAAAUAUAUUUCACACUUUCCUGUUCAUCAAGAUGGUUCAUGUAAUGUUUUACAACAUUACGCAGCAAUGGGUCUCGAUGAUGUUGGCGCUGCAUCUGUCAAUCUGAAACCAAGUCCUUUACCGCAAGAUGUUUAUAGUGUUGUUGUCGAUCAAGUUGAAAAGGAACGUCAACAGGAUGCUGAAAACGGUGUUCAGAUAGCCAAAGUUCUCGAAGGUUUUGUUAAACGUAAAGUUAUCAAACAAACAAUCAUGACGACAAACUAUGGUGUAACUUUAUAUGGUGCACGACAACAAAUCAGUCGACAACUGCGAGAUAUCGAUGAUUUUCCCAAGGAAUCCGUUGCGGAAGCGAGCAGCUAUCUAGCUCAGAAAACUUUCUAUAGUUUACGAGAGUUAUUUCGAGAAACACGAAAGAUUCAGGAUUGGUUCAAUGAUUGCGCAGGGUUAAUAUCACGCAUACGAGGCUCAGCAGUGGAAUGGAAUACACCUUUAAAUUUACCCGUCGUUCAACCCUAUUACCGAGAAAUGAGAAUCCGACAAAAAGGCAAAGAUAUUUAUGAUAACUUCAGUAGUUUUGCCCGACCAAAUCAUAUCAAACAAAAGAAUGCUUUCCCGCCCAAUUAUGUGCAUUCACUCGAUUCGACCCACAUGAUGUUAACAGCUUUGCAGUGUGCUCGAAAUGGUAUUACAUUUGUUUCCGUUCAUGACUCGUUUUGGACUCAUGCGUGCGAUGUGGAUCGGCUCGGUCAAUAUUGCCGCGAGCAAUUUAUUGCUUUACAUAGAGAACCCUUACUGGAAAUUCUCUCGCGAGAUUUCCUAUCAAAAUAUGAAUUCAAAUCGAGCGAAUACACGCACGGUGAUGAAAGUCAAAAACAAACAAUGAAACUACUUAAUGAUACGCUUCGACGUGUUCCACAACGUGGCACAUUUGAGUUAGAUAGUGUAAUUGAUUCGACUUAUUUUUUCAGUUAA